AGCGCCUCGUCUUUAGACACCUGACACACCAGCUGGUCCCUGUCGAUGGAGACGACUGUCUGUUUUUUUAAAAAUCUGGGGCUCUCGCACAGUAUCCUGUCCAGCAUCUCUACGUCUUGGCUGUUUCUCAGCACCCAGUCAUGCAGGAGACUUUUACAUCCACAAGAUGUCGUCCUGCUCCACAAGAUGUCGUCCUGCUUCUCCUGACCCCAGUAAAAGGUGACGGCAUUCCUGGAUCCUCCCUUUUCUUUUCCUCCAGGUUAUUCCUUGAGGAUGCCCAGUUUCUGGAGUUCAAAAAUGGCUAAUGCAGGAAUACAACUUCUUGGCUUCACUUUGGCUUUCUUCGGCUUCAUCGGCACAAUAGCAUCCACAGUCAUGGUGGAGUGGAAAGCUUCGUCCUACGCAGGAGACAACAUCAUCACAGCUCAGGCGCUGUAUGAAGGGCUGUGGAAGACCUGUGUGUCUCAGAGUACUGGACAAGUUCAGUGUAAAGUGUACGAUUCCCUCCUACAACUACCAGGGAUCGUACAGGGUGCACGAGGCCUGAUGUUGUCCUCCAUCUUGCUGUGCUUUAUUUCCAUUUUGGUGGCGGUGGUGGGCAUGAAGUGCACCACUUGUAUGUCAGAGCUUCCUGAGCAGAAGGAUAAAGUGGCUCUGAGUGGAGGAAUUAUCUUCAUUAUUGCUGGUCUGCUUGCUCUGGUGGGAACGUCCUGGUACGGCCACAGAAUAGCGCAGGACUUCUACAACCCGUUUACUCCAACUAACGCCAGGUAUGAGUUUGGGAGCGCUCUGUUUGUCGGCUGGGGAGCUGCCUGUCUCAUCAUUAUAGGAGGCGGCUUUCUCUGCUGCAGCUGCCCCAACAAGGGAUCAGGAAAAGCUCCUCGUUACCCAGCAUCUCACUCUGCAGCGCCGUCAGGCCGAGACUACGUCUAGGAGACAAUCGGUCCAUCCAGCGGUGGUGGAGCAAAUUCACAGAGGCAUUUUUCACACUUGUUUACUGUUUUUCAGCGUGUAUAUUUGCAGGUGUUGUAGUUGGUGUAUGUCAGUGUUUGUCAGGAAACUAAUUAGAUCAUUAGAGUCCACACAAAACAGCAAAACUCUGCAAACCAUAAUAAUAAUGAAAAAAGUAAAUUACAAAUAUUAAAUAUUUUAAUUGACACUUGAAAUACUCAUUAUAUUAACUAAGAACUGAAGUAAAACUAAAAUUGAGUACAUUUUAAAUUUAAAUUAUUUAAAUCUGGAACAUUUGAAUUUCAAGAUUACAAAAAAGUAGCUCAGAAUAUCAUUUCAGACAUCUCAGGGUUUGUUUGUUUUUUGCCAUAGCUAACAGCUAUUUUAAUAUAAAUUUGUCAAGUGACACUGUUUCUUUGCUGUUUGUUUUUUAGAAUCUUACUAUUAUUCCUUUAUGUCAUGUAAAAUAAAAUCCCUAUUGCUUUUCUAUGAAGGGAUGAUUUUUAUUUUGUCAGUGCUUGGCUUUGUUUGACGCAUAUCAUAUACUUGUCUAUAGUAAAAUCAACUGGAGGGGAAACAGAAGAUUGUAUGCAGCCAAGAAAAUGUGCAAGUUAACAAAACAGCUGGCCAGUAGUUCACGUUCUGCAGUGUUAGAGCGCCACCAUGGCGUUAAUAUGUGCCUUUGUGAGUAUUUUUAAUAUUAUAUUUUGAUGCAAAUGGCAAAUUUUUAGCAUUUUUUUCAAGUGUUAAGGUGACACCCAAGCCUAAAUAUUGUGUCAAAAUAAAGAAGAAAAAAAAAAGUUUCUCACCUCCUCCAUGUUUCCUCAACCCAGCAAGCAGGAAAUGUUCCCACAACAUUGGCAAACAAUACCCACAAAUUCUAAUGAUUUUUUCAAAAAUUAAAACAUUUUAGUCCAAUGUUCAAAUAAUGUUGCAAAGACAUCUUUCAUUUCAAAUAAUAUUCCGAGGUUCCUUUGUUAAAAGUAGACAGAAUGUUUGGAUUGGAACAUUCAGACAUUUGGAGGAUUUGGACAAUAUGCUCAAGAUGUUCUCGAAGCAUCAAGAAGAGAUUAAAGGACGUCUUUGUUUCAUAAAAGUUCCUGUAAUGUAAUAUAUUAACAAAGGUGGAACAUUUUGACUGUAAUAUUCUUAAGUUGUUGUUGUUGUUGUUCACAUUACAGAACAAUCUUCCACAAAACAAUCCCCACAAUGUUUCAUAAUAACCCAGGAAGGAUGCUCUUAAUGCAACAUUGGGCAAAAGAUUUUUUUUUUAAAAUGUCUUUAGAGAAUCUUUUUCAGUCUUUAAUAAGAACAUUCUGGGAACUAAAACAAAAACCCACUAGCUAAAAAGAUUACUAAAACUUUGCAGAACUUUCUUAGAACAUUUUUAGACAAAAAAAACCAAACAACAACAAAAAUAAAUGAAUAACAAUGGACACCUUCACAAUCAUCUCACCAUGGAGGGACGAGACCUCUUGAAUGAAUUUGUCUGUAAUGUGUUUUAGUCGUAAUAAUGUGAAACUGGCAGCACAGAGAAACACACAAAUUCUUCUCUGCACAGCACAGAGGUAAUUUAGAGGUGAGAAUCUUUAGCAGGUGAAACAGAGAACAGUUUCUCACUUUAGAGUCGUCUGACGUUUUAAAAGCAUGGAAAUUUAAAAUCAAUGUCAUCUGGAAAGGAUAUUUAAAAAAAAAAAAAAAAGAUGUGUAGCCGUGAGAGCAGCAGAAAUGUGUCGCCUUGGGGAAGACAAACCUCGUCCAAACACUGAGAGGUGGAGCAGCUCCUGACACAAAUACCUCCAACCACCAGCUCUUGUCCCAACAGGCCAGAUCACAGGAGAAAAGUUCAGGAGAGUCAAAGAAUUUACACCCACUUUUGUUUGGCACAAGCAUCGGGCUGCAUGUUUCUCUACGUCAAAGAAUUAAAGAACAUUUCAGCCUCACAUACCGACGAUAUAUUAAAACACAGAACAUGAUUUUAAUAUAUUGCAAUAAAAAUACACAGUUGUCAAAGCCAAAACACACAGUGGAGGGAUUCUGCAGGAGAGGGCGCCACCAUAUGGUGAUCUUUGAAUCAAACAUCAGGGAACUGUACAAGACUUAGACUCAAUAAACAGCACAACUUCGACAGUUAAAUAAUGUGAAUAUGUAUGGACAUUAAGAUUUAACUUGUUAACCCUUAGAUGUAUAAGUGGGUCAAAAAUGACCCCGUGAGGUCUUGCAAUAUCUUUGUAAUGAAAAGUUUUUAUCAUGUCAAUUUCAAGCUAUUCCUCAAUAAACAUGUUUUUGAUACAA